AUGCCAUUCCUCGAGAACGAACCCCCUGCUGAGGCUGAGGCCACUACCACCACCACCACCUCUGGAACCGAUCUCUUCCAGUCUGUCGGUGCGGCUGCUGAAGCUACGGACGCCAAUAACGAUGAGGACCGAGUUGUUGACCAAAUCGAGUCUCUUUGCAUGAACUGCCAUGAGAAUGGUACCACCAGGCUUCUACUCAUCUCCAUCCCUUUCUUCCGAGAGGUCAUCCUCAUGUCCUUUGAUUGCCCCCACUGUCACUUCAAAAACUCCGAAGUCCAAGCUGCAGGCGAAAUCCAACCACGUGGUGUCAAGUACACCUUCCAAAUCGAAAAACCAGAUGAUUUGCAACGUCAAGUCGUCAAAUCCGAUAGUUGUACUUGCAAGUUCCCUGCUUUGGAACUUGAGAUCCCCGCUCAGAGAGGGCAGCUCACGACCGUUGAAGGGUUGUUGAGAGGGGCCUUGGAGGAUUUGGAAACAGACCAAGAGAAGAGAAAGGACCUUGAUAAGGAGAAUUUUUAUAAGAUCGAGGCUUUCUUGGAGAAGGCGAAGAAGAUGUUGGAGGAAGAUGUCAAUAAGGGGACCUACCCUUGGACCCUUGAGCUUGAUGAUCCAGCUGGAAACAGUUGGGUUCAACCUAUUAUCGAUGAUCUUAGAGGGAAAUGGACUCGUACAGAUUAUCCUCGAAGCCGAGAGCAAAACGAGGCUUUGUCGCUCAACCCGGAUGAACAGCCCGAGCAAAAGCAGGAAAUAUCCACCCUCAGCGCUGGAGACAAUGUUGAGAUCAAUAAAGACGAAGUCUAUAGCUUCCCGGCUAGCUGUCCUACCUGUACCAUGCACGCAGUUACUAACAUGAAGAUGGUGGAUAUUCCUCAUUUCCAGGAGGUCGUCAUCAUGAGCACUGUCUGCGACCAUUGUGGAUACAAAUCAAACGAGGUCAAAACCGGCGGUGCCGUCCCCUCCAGGGGUCGUCGAAUCACACUCAAGGUUUCAGAGCCCGAAGAUCUUGCCCGUGAUAUCCUCAAAUCCGAAACUUGCGCCCUUUCAAUCCCAGAAAUUAAACUUGACCUUACCCCUGGUACCCUUGGAGGUCGCUUCACCACCUUGGAAGGUCUGUUGGCUCAGGUUUAUGAAGAAUUGAAGGGCAGAAUCUUCGAUGGUGAUGAGUCGGACAGCAUGGAACCCGCGGAGAAGGCUAGGUGGGAAGGUUUCUUUGGAGGAUUGCUCGCUGCCAAGGAAGGAAAGAUUCCAUAUACAGUUAUCCUCGAAGAUCCUUUGGCAGCGAGUUACCUGCAGAACUUGUAUGCGCCGGAUGUGGAUCCCAACAUGAUUACUGAGGACUACGAUCGAACUGAGGAGCAGAACGAAGACCUCGGGUUGAAUGAUAUGGUGACCGAGGGGUAUGAGCAAGAAGAGAAACAGGAUGAGGAAGAAAAGUCGUGA